AUUUUUGAGUCGCCGUCGGGCGGGAAUUCACGCGCAAAAAAAAAAAUCCGAAGCCGAAGGACGCGCUCUCCGUAUACACUGAGAGAGACAGAGAGAGAGACCGACAGAAAUAUUAACUGCGACCGCGGGAUUUUACCCCCCAACACAAAGUCGGAUCGAACCGUUGGUUGUUUUCUUUUCUCCCCAUUGUUGUUGAACCGCUGAGCAAAUGAGUCGGCUCUCCAACGCCUAUAGGCCGCUGCAGCCUCAGAGAAUUAGUGAAGCCAAUAGAUUAGGAUUGAUCACGCCGCAAAGUGUGAAAGACCGACAUGCAAUUGGCAGACUGGCCAAUACAAGGCCUGGGUCAGGCAACUGUGAGAGAAGAAUAAGCUUCUUUGGCAGAAGGUCAAGUACUAUUGGAUCCCAUGGAGCAUUCGGAGGCCCAGAAAAAAUAAAGGAUCCAAGACCCCUUCACGAUAAAAGCUUUGUGCAACAGUGCCUUCGGCAGCUUUGUGAGUUCCUUGGAGAGAUUGGUUAUCCGCAACCUGUAUCAAUGAAAAGUCUGCAGUCUCCCUCUACCAAGGAUUUCCUGAGGAUCUUCUCUUUCAUGAACAGCACGAUUGAUCCAUCCUAUCAACUACCUGAUUCGAAGUUUGAGGAAGAGAUUCCAAGAAUCUUUAAAGACCUUGGGUAUCCCUUUCCAUUGUCGAAAAGCUCAAUGUACACAGUUGGGGCUCCACACACGUGGCCACAGAUUGUUGGUGCAUUGAUUUGGCUAAUGGACCAGAUUAAGCUACUGAGUGUUGCAGAUCCAGAUAAGAUACUAUUUGGUGAUGAGAAGGACUGGGACCAGAUAGAGAGAGUGACUGAGGAUGGUGUUCAUCACAAUAGGUUGUUCAUUAACUACACUGAAAAGUGUUACAUAAACUUCAUGAUGGGCAUAGACAACUAUGACGAUAACUUGGAUCACUUGUCUUUGUUGAAGCAACGGUUUGGAGUGGACGAGGCUCAGUUUGAAGCUGUGUCUGCAGAGAACAGGAGUCUGGCACAAGAGCUGGAAAGACUGGAGAUUGAAAAAGAGAAUGAACCAGACCGAGUUCAAGCACUGAAGAAAACAAAAGCUAGCUUACAAGCAGACCUACAGAAAUAUAAGAACUACCUUGUGGAAAUGGAAGCCCAUAAAGCUUUUCAUGAACAGCGAGCGAAUGCAGUUCGGGAAGAACUAGAAUCAGCAGCAUUGGAGUUGAAGGCAAUUAAUGAAGAGAAUAAUAUACUGCAGCAAAAAUGUGAUGUGCAAGACAUUUCGGCCUCUGACGUUGAGAGAAUAAAUCGUGAAAGAAAUGAGCUACUUCAGACAAUCUCCUCACUCAGUAAAAUCCUAGAAGAUGUUGAGAAACGUAUGUGGAAUGAAGAGAUAAAUGUGGCUAAGGUCAAGGAAGUGUUGGAAGCAGGCCUGUUGAAGUACCACACACUGGCUCGGAAACUGAAACUAAUUCCUACGACGGCUGAAAAUGCUGGAGGACACGACUUCGAGAUAAGAUUGGAUUUUGAUGCUGGCCAGCGGAAUAUAUCGCAAAAUGCUAAACCAAUUAAACCGAACCUGAUGCUGCUGGUGAGGCAGGUGAAUGAAGAAAUUAAUAAAAUGAAGAACAAGAAGAUGAAUGUGGAAGAAGGCAUUGAACAGGUUCAAUCCAUGAUUGCUGAAAGGGCAAAUGACCUGAAAUUGUUGAAUGAGCAAAUCCGAAAAGUGGAUGAAGCAAUGCAACAGGAAAAAGAGGAGGAUGAACGCAAAAUAGCAAUGCAAGAUGGUGAGCUUGACUCUCUAGAAAACAAGAGAAAAUAUUUGCAGAAGGGAAUGACUGAAGGGCUUGAUGAUGCAUUGGAGCAGCGAAAGGCAGCUCGGCAUAUGUUUGAAAUAGUCCAGCAGAAAACAAACGAAGAAAAGACAAGAAUGACUAGCAACUUUCGGUUGUGCUUGGACAGUGCAGCUCAGCACAUCACCAGUAUUGAGAACUUUCUUCUGGAUUAUGAAAAAAGAAAUUCUCGAGAUUGUGAAGAGCUGUUGAAGGAAGACAUCUUGACCAAUCUUCGUUCCGUAAUCGAGUUGUACCGAGAGAAAAGCGAAUUUGUGCAAUCUCUAGAAAAGUAGUUAAUUUUGUAUGUCCAUUCUGUCUUCCUGUAUACAUGUUUGUUACAAUAAAUAUUUUGCAUUGCAUGUAGUUUUUAAAAAAAUACAGUAGAAGCAAAGCUAAAUAAAGCACAUAGCACUGUGCAUUCUUUGAGCUGAUCACAUCUG